AUGGCCCCAACUUCUCUUCUCGACAGCCAGCCGACGGCACCUCACCAGCUGUCACGCUCUUCUCAAACCCAAAAAGCAGUUGAUAGAAAGAUUUUCCCUGACGGCAUCAAGACCUCGGGCCAACACCCUCCCCUCUAUGACCAGAUCAAGCCAUACUCGGCUUUCCCCAAGGAGAUUUCCGGAGAGUCGGUCUGGAGAGCAGAGGACUACAUAAACAACCCGGAAAGAUCGGUCCACGUUUUCAAUGACGAAGAAAUCGCAGAGCUUAGUGCUGCCUCGGACAAGUUCAUCGCGGACCAGACCCCCUUGACUGGCAUCUCAAAAGAUAAUUUCCUCAUCCCCAAACUUUCCAUCUUGUUGAGAUCUAUCCGUGCGGAAAUCCUCAAUGGCAAGGGGUUCAUCUUGUUGAAAGGCUUCCCCGUGGAGAAAUGGGGCAACCAUAAGUCUGCCGUUGCGUACAUGGGCCUCGGCACUCAACUUGGCUACUUCGUUAGCCAAAACGGCCGAGGUCAUGUUUUGGGCCAUGUGAAAGAUGUGGGUGACGAUCCAUCACAAAUACACCGAGUCCGUAUUUACAGGACGAAUGCUCGCCAAUUCUUCCACGCAGAUGAUUCCGAUAUAGUGGGUUUGCUCUGCAUUGCCCGCGCGCUAGAAGGCGGCGAGUCAGACAUCGUGUCCUCCCACCACGUAUGGAACACCCUUCAAAAAGAACGUCCUGACGUUGCCGAAACAUUGACAAAGCCAAUUUGGUACUUCGAUCGGAAAGGAGAGACGAGCGUCGGUGAAGACCCUUAUAUCAAAACAUCAGUCUUCUACCUGGAAACAGGGGAGAACGGGAGAGUGUACAGCAAGUGGGACCCGUACUAUGUGAAGAGUUUGGGUCGCUUCAUGGAUGCUGGGAUCAUUCCUCAGCUGUCGCCAGAGCAAGUUGAGGCUGCCAAAGUGCUGGAGGAAACCUGUCAUCGACUGAGACUACAUAUGGUCCUCGAGGUCGGGGAUAUCCAGUUCUUGAGCAACGAGCAUGUACUCCAUGCGAGAACUGAGUACAAGGACCAUGCUCCGCCGACACCGAGGAGACACUUGAUGCGAUUGUGGCUUGCGACGCCAGAGAGCGAAGGUGGAUGGAAAUUGCCAUUCCACGACUCCGCGGAGAAGAAGAGAGGCGGUAUUCAAGUUAAUGACCAGCCUCCUGUGUGCCCACUGGAUGCCGAGUAA